AUACAGAUCUGAGCAUUUUUAAAAUGUGGUAAUUUUUUUUCUAUUAGCUGUGCCUUGAUUCAUGUUGGAGAUACUGGAUAAGGCAGACAAUCUCUUGAGGGAGCAGAUUACCCAGAUUCCACAGGAAGGGAGUGAGUGGUCAGGAAGAGGGAAGUUGUUUCGGAGAUACUGGGGACAAGAGGCUGGGCAGGGUGGACAUGGAGCUGGAAGGGUCUGUAGCCACAGGGAGUCAGAAACAGAAAACUCACUCUCAUGCCUGAUGAAGUGUCUUAAGAGCUGGAUACCAGGAAGUGAAAACUCAGUGUCCUGUGAAACUGGCAAGAGAUGGAUUGCCUCGGUAGGCCCUUUCCAGGGUGCCGUGGCUGCCACCUUUCUCACCGCCCUCCCAGGGUGUUUGUUAACCUGUGUUUUUAGCCCUGUCUCUGGAUAGCAGGAGAGCAGAGUGUGGCUCCAUCCAGUUCACGUACAUGGUCCGUUUAUUUCUUCAUGGCCACAGCACCAACCAGCAGUCCAGCAGACUUUGCCAGUAGCCACAAGGGGUAUCAGGGAGGAAGUGCAGAUGGAUCCCUGGAAAUUCAUCACUGCUGUGAGAAAAAACCAACUGAAAUCACAAGAGUGGGUCAGUCAAGUCGCCUUCAGCUUGGAGGGACAGACAAUAAGUGGGUGAAGCCUCUUGACAUCAUGACUAAUUAGGUGUCAGCUGUGAUGCAUGUUUAAAAGGAAAUUUUCGAGGUCGCAGAUAUAAGUGUUUAAUUUGCUACGAUUACGAUCUUUGUGCAUCUUGUUAUGAAAGCGGUGCAACGACGACGAGGCAUACAACUGACCACCCGAUGCAGUGCAUAUUAACAAGGGUAGAUUUUGAUUUGUACUAUGGUGGGGAAGCUUUCUCUGUAGAGCAGCCGCAGGCCUUUACUUGCCCCUAUUGUGGAAAGAUGGGCUACACGGAGACGUCUCUGCAAGAACAUGUCACUUCUGAACACGCAGAAACCUCGACAGAAGUGAUUUGCCCGAUAUGUGCGGCCUUGCCCGGAGGCGACCCCAACCACGUCACGGACGACUUCGCAGCCCAUCUCACACUUGAACACCGGGCCCCUAGAGAUUUAGAUGAAUCGAGUGGUGUUCGACACGUACGUAGAAUGUUCCACCCCGGCCGGGGCUUAGGAGGGCCCCGAGCUCGCAGGUCAAACAUGCACUUUACCAGCAGCUCUGCUGGCGGCCUCUCUUCCUCUCAGAGCUCGUAUUCUCCAAGCAGCAGGGAAGCCAUGGAUCCUAUAGCUGAGCUUUUAUCUCAGUUGUCAGGCGUGAGACGUUCUGCAGGAGGACAGCUUAACUCUUCUGGCCCUUCCGCUUCUCAGUUACAGCAGCUGCAGAUGCAGCUGCAGCUGGAACGGCAGCACGCCCAGGCCGCGCGCCAGCAGCUGGAGACCGCGCGCAACGCCACCCGGCGCUCCAACGCCAGCAGCGUCACCACUGCGGUCACGCAGUCCACGGCGACGGCCAGCACAGCCAACACGGAAAGCAGUCAGCAGGCGCUGCAGAACUCCCAGUUUCUUUUAACAAGGUUGAAUGACCCUAAGCUGUCCGAAGCAGAGCGCCAGUGCAUGGAGAGCGAGCGCGCGGACCGCAGCCUGUUCGUGCAGGAGCUGCUCCUGUCCACGCUGGUGCGCGAGGAGAGCUCGUCCUCGGACGAGGAGGAACGGGGGGAGAUGGCAGAUUUCGGUGCUAUGGGCUGUGUAGAUAUUAUGCCUUUAGAUGUCGCUUUAGAAAACCUAAAUCUGAAAGAGAGUAAUAAAGGAAAUGAGCCUCCACCACCUCCUCUUUGAUGACACCCCAAUCCGCAGACAGUGUCCUCUGUGCUGUAUUUGCCAAUGAAAGUGGACAACAGCUAUCUUGGGUUUGUUUGGUGAUUGUAACUUCAGGUCUGUCACUCUUGUUACAUUGUGUACAUUCAAAAGGAAGAGAGAAAAAAUAUAUGAUAAUCAUUUCCACUUAACUAAUUUUUACUUCUAGCAGGUAAAUGUAGGUAGCAGUGCAGGGGUGACCUCUGCUUCCUGUACCUUGACAUGCAAAAGGCUCUCCUAAUACUCCACAUUCAAACUGAAGAGGAAAAUUGAAAAUCUCUAAUGAAGCUGCUGUGUGUAUUUAUGAAUAUUAAUGAAUAAAAACUGCUUGGAUGGUUUACCUUAA